CAGUUGGUGCAGCCCGGCCCGGAACAAUAUGGCUACGGUAUUUCGGCCCUUGGAACACCUGCGGGUACCGCAUCGUUCACUGCAUCCCGGGGUGACAGGCUCAGGCUCCGCCUGCUGCCGCUGCACUCUCGGAGCUAAAAGAUACCUACUCACAGAUAACAUUGUGAAAUUAAAGGAAUUUCAACAUAAAAAGAUGGUUAUUGCAUAUAACCUCCCUGGCACCAAAGAAAUCUAUUUCAGAAACAUGGAGGAGAAGUUGACCCAGAACAAACUCAUCUUGAGGGAGGAGCUGAAAACGCUGCUGCACUUGUGCCAGUCCUCGGAAGACGUGCGACUGGCCAAAGCCGUCAUUUACAGGUACCAUACAGAAAACAGAAAUUUCACGUUGGGAGAGUAUAAGUUCGGGCCCGUUUUCAUGAGGCUGUGCUACGAGUUGGACCUUGAGGACUCUGCAAUGGAGCUCAUCAGAGACAAGCAUCUACAAGGUUUCUUCGUAGACUCCACAUCAUUCAAUAUUUUGAUGAAUAUGUUAUUUACCAAAGGCAAAUAUGAAAGUGCGCUGCAAGUGCUGAUUGAAAUGAAAAACCAAGAUGUGAAGUUCAGCAAAGACACCUAUGUCCUCGCUUUUGCAAUCUGCUACAAACUGAACAGCCCGGAAUCACUUAAAAUCUGUACUACCUUAAGAGAAGAAGCCCUAAUGAAGGGAGACGUUAUCUCCAGGAGAGCAUCCUGUUUUGCAGUGGCGUUAGCUCUGAAUCAGAACCAGUUGGAAAAAGCUACGUCCAUUUUUUCUCAAAUCAUGAAUCCAGAAAGCAUAACGUGUACCAACUUAAAUAGGACCUGGUUCCUUACUUUCCCAGCUGGUACUUGCCAGAUCUUAAUCCACAUCCAGUCGAAUAUGUUGGAAAGCCUGUUAAAGAUCUUACAGGAUGCUCUUGACCCAAAUUUAUCGAAAUUUGUAAGAAGACACACGUUCUCAGAGGAAGUGCUGGCCAAAACGAGAGAAAAAUUGAAGGGCCGUCCUACACUCAUAGCCAGGUUUGAUGAGGUCUAUGGGAAGCUGCACAUAAACGGUCAAAUCACCAUUUACACUUUGGAUGCUCUGCUCUGUCAUGUCCCCCGGGACAAGAGAUCCAACACAUUGCUGUUGAAGAAGAGGACUGUCAGCCAUCGGACCUUACAACCUCUCAGCCGGUCCCUGCUGACUGAGUAACUGUUUUCCAUCUCCCUGGCGUGAGGAGCUGCUUCCUCACGUGAAUUCGUGGCUUCUCCAAGCAGCCAUCUUACUUCAGUGGCGCUGUGCUGACACUUGGUCUCCCUAAGACCCCUGAGUGAUGCUGUGCUGAGCAGAGAAAUAUGUCGCUCGAGCAGGGGAAGCUCCACAGAAAGGCAGCCACCGCGUGUCAGACACUCCAAAGGAAGGCUCACAGCCACUACCUCAGCUCAGCAGCGUGGACUCAGAAGUACCACAGAAGGAAUUUCAACCUUACUGACCCUUCACGGCAGAGGGGAGUUUGGGGAGAGGCGUCCUGACGAGCUCGGGAGAUCUGAUCUCUGGAAAUGGCCGAGGCCUGUCUCAGGCCUGCUGUCAUCUUCUGUCUGUGUGCACGUUUCCAGUCUCGGGCCAGGAGAGUUGGACUUUCUCUGACAUAAAUAAAAGGUACCCGCACAGA